CCUGUGUGUGUAUUGAAAUAAGGCCGUGUGUGGUAUAUGCUUUUACCAGAGUGUUCGUCACGGUUAUUACCAAGCUUCUGGCCCUUGUUUUCUUUGGCUUAGCCGAUUAAAAUAAACAAAUAUGGACGAAGAAAACGAAAAUAAACCAGAGGAACAACAGGAAGAAGGCCAAGAAAAUGAAGAACAGCAAGAAAAUGACGGGGGAAAUGACAACACCUCGGAGCAAAAGGAGGGAGAAAAUGACAAAAAGAAGAAGAAAAAGAAGCCAAAAAAGCCACAUCGUGGACCACCAUCCCCGACACCUGAACAGUUACGAGAACUCGAACAGGGCUUCAUUCUUGACAACAUAGCGGUCAACUCCAUAUCAAAAGAUUACUCCAACGUUCAGCCAAAACUUGGACCUGCUAUUCCACCAUAUAAUUCACAAAACGACAAACACGUCGAUCAAUACUUUAAAUUUGAACAAGUGGAGAAAACGCUCAAAAAGACCGGGCAGAUUGAAGGCUCUUCUAUCGAUGGCCCAGUUAUAGAUAGAUUUAUUGACUCAGGUGCAGGCUACAGGUAUUUAUCUAGGCGUAAUGCUGCAGGAGCAGGUCAUUCAACAAAUGAAGUGGACGGUCAUGCACAGUUUAUGCAAGGGGUGCAGCCCAUCUUUGGAUGGCAUGGCCAGUUCGGAUUUCGACGGAAUACCCCACCACUCAGAAACAACCCAUCAUGCUUUGGGACCGAUGUACGAUCACCGACCCAUUGAAUCUUGGGAGCACUUCUGCGUGAGUCCCACAUCCAUCAAUUUAAUCAUUUGUCUGCAUGGUUACACGCAUUGCACAGUUUCCAUAGCAAUGACCUAAUAAGUGAUUCGGCUGAUGGGUGUGCGGGUACUCUUUUUGCAUCCGAUCAAGCUGUCUCUCGUAUCACAAUUUGGGUAUGGCUCCUGAUUUCCUUCUGUAAGGGGGUCUUGGGUCUUGAGGGACAGCUGUCGUCAGUGACCAUAUGGAUAUUACUCACCAUGUUUCCAUCUGCCACAUGUGAGCAAUCAGAAACAUGGUAAGUGAACAUCUCAUAACUCCUGGAAGGGUGGGGGGUAAAGCUGUGGAUCUUCAAGUAAAGACGCAGAAUUGGAAAGUUCAACAACAUGCCGAUACUUCGCAAUUCAAGAACAAUGCUUAGACAGUUUUUUUAAAACAAGAAAUAAUGUAUUAGUGAGGUAUGGUGCUUGUGGAAAACAAGUCAAUGUAACAAUAUACAUUUACAUGUUAUUCGAGGGAUGUUUUUUUCUUCUCAAAUGUAUUCAUUAUGGUAUUUAAUAUAGAAUAGUAGAUUAGAGACUGACUUAGAUUAGUUGAGUAUAUACGCCUUAACAGAAAAUAGGCUGCUAAUAAAACAUGCAUAAAAUACUACUACUGCAUGAAUCAAUUCAAUGUUUUGUCAAGAUCUUGUGUCAAAACUUCAGUGAACAUGUGCAGCGACUAAAACGUACCCAGCAUGCACCUUGAUAUAGUACAGUUAAGUUUUUAAAAUAAACUGGAUAUCACAUAUCUGCUAUCUACUUUCUAAAUCUUCGCAAAAGCUACUUUUAAAUCGUGUGUGUGCUAAUUUUUGUCUGGACAAUAAUAUUAGAUAUAUUUGGCGCCAAACUUAAUAUUCAAAUACAUUACCCACAAACCGUCCAUGUUGCAUGUAUUAUGCAUUUUGAAAGCCAAUGAUCAUGUCAACACAGUGUAAUAGUUUGAAUGUAAUUUCAUAAUAAAUGGUACAAAAAUAAGA